AUGAGUCGUAAGCCGGUGAAAAGCAACGUGACGAAAUCUAAAGUUGCAGCAAAGCCGCCACCACCAGCGUCCUCGGCGGCUGAGACACAAGUCAAAGUGGAGAAAUUCAAACAUGAUUGUGCAACGGAAAACUUCAAUUUAGUCUGGCUUGAUGAAAACUACGACGAGAUGAAUUCGAACUGCUCCGUCUUAACUGCCAAAUUACCGACCAUCAUCAGAAAACUGUAUAUUUUCAACGAUGUUGAUGAAUGUAUCAAACUUAUCAACAGUAUUCGAGAUCUGGAUGUAUAUCUGAUAUUAUCGAAUCCGACUGAAGAUGCUCUUACCCAUACUCACCAAUUAGGCCGAGUGAAAGUGGUAUUUAUUUUCGAUGAUCGCAAUUCGUCGAAUCCAUCAUGGAAAGAUCAAUGGAAAAAAGUACAAGGAAUAUACAAGGAUAUCAAUACACUCUGCCAGUUCAUCAAGGAAACGGCAAAGUAUUACGACGAGGAAUACAAAGAAUUUAGUUGCAUCGCGCUGCAAGAUCUAGACAAACGUGAUGUCGAUGAACUCGGUCAAUCGUUUAUGUAUACUCAAUUACUCAAGGAAAUUCUUCUCGAAAUGAAAUAUGGUACGACAUGUAAUAAAGAAUUAGCUGAAUAUUGUCGCAAAAAGAAAAAUGUUCUUAACAAUGAUUUAAAACGCUUGGACGAAUUUGAACAAAAUUACAAGCAAGAAAAAGCAGUAUGGUGGUAUACUACGGAGAGUUGUAUCUAUGGUUUGGUUAACAAAGUGUUACGCGAACAAAAAUUCGAUUUCAUCAUCAAGUUUGGCUUUUUUAUUAAAGAUCUACACUUGCAGAUAGAACAACUACAUGAAGACCAAGCAUCGAAGAAAAAGGAUAAUCCAACCCUUUAUCGUGGUAUCAGUAUGACGGAGAAACAAUUCAAAGAGCUACACAAAAGCGAGAAGGGAUUGUUAGCAUUCAAUAGUUUCGUAUCAACUAGCCGGGAUCCAACAAUAGCGCAAGGGUUUAUUCAACGCUCUUUGGGAGCAAAUCCUCGUCUAAUCGGAAUCCUGUUCAUCAUUAAUGUUGAUCCAUCGAUUUCAUCGACCAAAUAUGCUGAUAUUGAAGAGAUAACUGACGUGCAUGGAGAAUCAGAAACUCUAUUUUCUCUGGAUGCGGUCUUUCGUAUUGGAAGUAUAACUCAAGUUCAAGAUGAACCACAAGUAUGGACCGUAGAACUCGAUCUAAGCGAUAAUCGCGACAAAAAACUCAAUACUCUCAUGGAUCGUAUGCGACUUGAAAUCGAUGGAUUAACGGAGUCGUACAAAUUAGGCAGUUUAAUGAUGAAAGUUGACCAAUAUGAUGUAGCAGAAGAAAUUUAUAAUAAAUUAAAUGACGAAACCAAUGAUGAACGAGAAAAAGCGAAUAUUCAACAUCAAUUGGGAUACAUAAAAUAUAAACAAGGAAAGUCAAAGGAAGCUCUCGAUUGGUACCAACGAGUAUUGGACGUCUAUGUAAAGAUUCUCGGAAAUGAGCAUAAAAAUGUCGCUGCAGUUUACAAUAACAUCGGCUUAGUUUAUGACAGUCUCAAUGAGUAUUCAAAAGCCUUGACUUAUUAUCAAAAGGCUCAACAAAUCUAUGAAAAAACUUCAGCGAAUGAUCCCGUUCUAGCGACAUGUUACAAUAACAUAGCGUCAAUCUAUGCUACCAUAGGAGACCAUCAAUCAGCACUAAAUUAUUACCAGAAAUCAUCUGAAAUCAGUCAGAAAUUGCAGGCUACCAACCAUCCUGACUAUGCUACUUUGGAAAAUAAUAUUGGUCUGAUUUAUUUGACACGUGGAGACUUUAAAGAAGCUUUCAAAUACUUUCAUAAUGCGGUUAAAAUUGGUACGAAAUCGUUGCCUGUUGACCAUGCAGAUUUGACAACUUAUCAAACUAAUCUCAAAAUGGCAACCGAGAAACUGGACAAGUAUAAAUAA